AUGAAGCACAUGCCUAGAGCUCAGAACCAGAUGGCUGAUGCUCUAGCCACGCUGGCAUCCUUAUGGGAGAAGGGUGAUCAGAAGUUGACCCAGCCAGUUAUCCUGAUGAGGAGUAGAAUCCCAUGCUAUGAAGGGUUAAUAAUAGCACAUUUAGAUCUAGAAGAUGAGAUGAAAUGGUAUGAGGACAUAAGAAGAUAUUUAGAGGUAAGAGAAUACCCACAGUCAGCCAAUAGUAGGGAUAGAGCUACAAUUCGUAGAUUAGCCACUCAGUUCACUUUGGCUGGGGGGCAACUCUACAAAAGGUUCUUCGAAGGACUAUUGCUCUUGUGUGUGACAAAAAAGCAGUCUGAGCAGAUAAUGGAGGAAGUACAUGCAGGAGUGUGUGGUCCUCACAUGAACGGAAGGGUAUUAGCGGGCAAAAUUUUAAGAUUGGGCUACAUUGGUCUACCAUGGAUACCGAUCACGCUAAAUUUGUGA